AUGCGAGACCAGCGGGUUCAGGACAGCGUCUGCAGGCGCUGGAAGUUUGUCACCUGCAUUCUCAUCUCGGUUCUGACAUCGCUACUGAUGCUGACCGUCACCGCUCUACUACAGUUUGGCGAUCUCACAGUGUCAAGAAGAGCAGUUUCCACCAAUAGCACACAGGUCCCCAUGCUGCCUCAGUCUCAAGUGCGGCUCGUGAACGGCAGAAACCGCUGUGAGGGUCGCGUGGAGGUUCGGCACAACGACACGUGGGGCACGGUGUGUGACGACGACUGGGACAUGGUGGACGCCAACGUGGUGUGCAGACAGCUGAACUGUGGGCUGGCCGUGGCAGUGGGCAGCAGCUCCAGGUUCGGCCAGGGCUCCGGCGCCAUCCUGCUGGACAACGUGGACUGCAGGGGGGGAGAGACGGACCUGGGACAGUGCGGAAGUCUUGGAUGGGGCAUCCACAACUGCUACCAUUACGAGGACGUUGCAGUCAUCUGUAAAGGUUUGUCUGUGGUGGGUCCUCCAGGUAUCGAUGGACCGACCACACCAUCAAGGAGAAAUGCUGGGUUACGAGAUGGUACGAUCCGACUGGUGGGCGGACAGGACCACUGUCAGGGACGGGUGGAGGUGUUUUACCGCGGCAGCUGGGGGACUGUGUGCGAUGACGACUGGGGGAUGAAAGACGCGGGCGUGGUCUGCCAGCAGAUCGGGUGUGGCCAGGCCGUCACGCCCACCACCAACGCCUACUUCGGCUACGGCACCGGCCUCAUCCUGCUGGACAACGUCAACUGUAACGGCUACGAGAGCCAGCUGUCCACCUGCUACAGCCUGGGCUGGGGGAUUCACAACUGUGGCCACCAUGAGGAUGCUGGGGUCAUCUGCUCCGGUACCACCACCACUCGACCUGUGAACACUGAGUCUUUACCGCGAGGCUUCUUCUUCACCGAGAGCACAGCAGUGACACACGUAACGACGCCGGUCACGCAGACGAUAACGACACCACCCACGCCUGCCCCCACCACCAGAGCGCGGCCAGUCAUCCGCGUGGCCAACGGGAACAGUACCUGUCAGGGGAGGGUGGAGGUGUACUACAGGAACGUGUGGGGGACGGUGUGUGACGACGACUGGGAUUUGGCCAACGCCCAGGUGGUGUGCAGACAGCUGGGCUGCGGCCCGGCCAUCGCCGCCAAGCAGCUGGCGUUUUUCGGCUACGGCUCCGGGCCCAUCAUGCUGGACAACGUGGACUGCAAAGGCAACGAGCCGCAGCUGGCGGACUGCUUUCACCUGGGUUGGGGACAACACAACUGCGGCCACCACGAGGACGCGGGGGUCAUCUGCUCGCCGCCUCAACCGUUUGUUGUAAUGUCCAGAGAUUUUCCCGUGACGGACAGAAUAACCACAACCAGGGCCCCAGUGGAAGGUGCGGUGAGGUUGGCGGAGGGUCAGCACCGCUGCGAGGGCCGGGUGGAGAUUUACCUGCAGGGUCGCUGGGGCACGGUGUGCGAUGACGCCUGGGACCUCCCGGACGCCCAGGUGGUGUGCAGGCAGCUGGGGUGCGGGGAGGCGGCGGGAGCCAGGGGGGAGGCGUAUUUUGGGCGGGGUUCCGGCACCAUCCUCUUGGACAAUCUGAAAUGCAGCGGUGCGGAGGCAUCCCUCCACCACUGUUCCCACAUAACCUGGGACGUCCACAACUGUGACCACUCAGAAGACGCCGGCGUCACGUGUUUCCUCUUGUGA